CGCACAAACUUUUUUAGCGGCGGAGGCAGACGAGUGAGAUAGAUAACAUAAAAAAUUCUGAAACUCUGCAGCCUCAUUUCUCAGGAAAGUAAAGGGGCUUCUACCGAAAGCCUUUCAACAAAAUGGUUGUGUGCAAUACGUCUAUGCUCCCGAUGGCACCUGCUGCGUGUCCUAUGACUCCUACAGCAAUCCAUCCAUUUUCAUCUGGUUUGUGUCCACUUAGUCCAGUGUCUGCAAUACCUUGCAACCAGAGGUACCCCCCAACGACGAUUUUGUCUGCGGGACCUAUACUUCGAGCUUCAACACCUAUUCCUUGUGCCCCGGGAUUGACGACGCCUCCAGUCAUACGUUGUACAGCCUCAAUCAGCCCACAAAGUUCCUCGAACUCUUCAGACAGUCCGUCGGAUAAUCCAUCCAACAUCAUAGCGUGCAAUCUUGUUUCCUCUGCGAAUAUUAUACCGUUAUCAAACGGCCUAUCAACACUAGUGCCUUGCCACGGACCCACAAUAGUGCAGUGUGAACCAAAGUAUGAAAAUCGGAACACGAGUACAGUAUCCACAGCAAUUUAUACAUACAGUCCUGCAGUUCCCACUUCGACUAUAGUACCACAAAGAGUGCUUAAUGGACAAUCAGUUCUUCAAUGUACUCCAGGGGUCUGUCAAAUUACUCCUGCUACUGUGCUACCCACUGGACCUUUAGAAAUAUGUUCUAUUCCGUCCACGCCGUUGUUGGCCAACACGCCAAAUAUCUAUCCACCUUUGCAGAUUCCCCAAAAUAUAUGCACAGCAACGGCAGCUUCUCCAUGGAAACAAUCGUACGGCAUGGAACAAGUAUGGCAGUGUGAAUUUAGAAAUUUCUUUUCCCAAUUUACACCACAUGCAUGGAUGUUGUUACCUGUCGUUCAGAAACCAGCGGGCAUAUGGAACGCCAAUGUUGAUUCUGCGAAAGUGAGGUUUUGUUGUGAGGAUUGUGGUCAUGGGUGGACUUCAAUGAAAGGUAGAGUAGCUUUCUGGUUUAUCCUGAAUCCCGCGACUGGAGAAGGCGUUGUCUGUCUUAAGCUUUAUGGACAACAGUGUGACCGAUGUAAAACUGGAAACUACGAACCUGCAAUGUGGUAUCCAGAAGAAGUAGUUAAAGUAUUAGUCAACAUUUACAACAGAGUUGGACAAGUAUACUACGGGUUUCAGCAAGCACCUUAUCAUCGAGCAAGACGUCCAGGGAAACCAAGAACUCCACACAAUAGUGAUCUUUGCCAAGCUUGUAAAGAUGGAGUUUGCGCUGAGAGAAGAUAGAAAAGGAACGAAACUCUUAAGUUUAAAAAGCAUUCCAAAGAUUUAUCAAAGAUCAUGUUUUAAUGGAUUUUUGAAUCUAUCAUUCUUUUUAUGUGAUUUCAUUUAAAACAUUCCAAGAACUCUUUUUUUUGUUCAUACAAUUCUUCAUUUCUUGAUAUAUUGUGAACUAUUAUAAGUGCCUUUGAGUCACAAUGUUAUUUUUUCAUGAAAUUUUUCUUAAUGCAACAAACAUAAGGCGUUUAUUGGGUCCUGUGUUAAGUUUUGUGCGUUGUGAUUCAAAACUGCAAAUUUUAUUUUAAAACACAUUCCAAACAUCUGUCAAAUAUCAUGCUUUAAUGUAUUUUUGAAUCUUUUUUAUGUGAUUUCAUUUAAAGCAAAUCUUGUGAACUAUUAUAAUAUCAUAACAGCCUUAGAGCCACAAAUGUUACUUGUUUCAUGAAAAAUGCAACAUAAGGCAUCAAUAAAUGUUGACAUUGAAAACUGCAAAAUUGUAUUUUUAAACACGUUCCAAACCUCUAUCAAAUAUCACGCUUCUAUGUAUUUUUCAAUCUAUCAUUCUUUUUAUGUGAUUUCAUUUAAAGUAUCCACAUAAGGAUUUUUUUUCUUUUCAUUUAUACCAAUUCAUUUCUUGAUGUAUCGUGAAUUAUUCUGUAUUCUGUCGAGGGAAGGUAAAGUGCAGCAAAUUUGCAAAUUUCAGUUUUGUGCAUUUUUGUCAUCUUUUUUACUAAAGCUUUAUUGUACAAGUUUGUUAAUUCGGUUUCCGCUGAAAAUAAACGCACCAAAAAAAAAAAAAAAAAAAAAAACCCAAUUCAAACAUUUCCAAAUGUCUCAAAACCUUAUUUCUGCAGAUACUGCACUUUACCUUCCCACAGCAGUGUUACAUUAUCAGAAGUGCCUUAGAGUUAUGAUUAUUUUAUUUCAUGAAAAAUUUCUUUAUGCUUCCUAUGAGGCAGUGAGAAGCAAAAGGAUGUUAAAGUGGACAUCUUCAAGUUUUGAGUAAAACACGUUUAAAGAUAAAAUUCUAGGUAGGCUUUCACUGAAUUUUUUUCUAAAUCAUGCUAUAUAGCAGCAACUACCAGGGCUACUAGUAUCAUCUCUUGUCCCAAGACAGGAGAGGUUCACCUACCAUGUGUACUGGUUAUCUCCAAAUUUUUAAUUUUGCCACUUACAUCCUUUUGCAUCUCACUGCCUCAUAUGGCAUCUGUUUUGAUAAAUGCUUUCAUCAAAUUUUUUUUUAAGAAACACAUUCUAAACCUCCAUCAAAUAUCAUACUUUUAUGUAUUUUUGCAUCCUUUACAUGUUAUUUCAUUUUAAACAUUCCAAGAAGUAUCUGUGUAUGUUGUAUUGAUAAUUUUUCAUUUCUUGGUAUUUAAUGACUUAUUCCAAUGAGUGCCUUAAAUUAAAAGCGUUGCCUUCUUUCAUAACUAAUGCGAGCCAUUGUAUUCAUUUUUUUCAGCAUAAAAUAAGGCACAUGUUGUUAUUCUUUGUUGUGUAUGUUUUAUGUGAGUCCAUUUUCAUAUUUUCAAAAGCCUUCGUGCAAUAUUAAAUGUCUGAUAAAUUAAAAAACGUCCCUCAAAUUUGAUGAAAUUGUUAAUAAUUUAGAGAAACCUUUAAAAACAUAUGAAUCUAAGCAAAAUUUUAGCUGCAAUUGCAACAAAUGGAAAAUCAACUUCAUUGCCAUCUUUUCAAAAUAGAGCAUACAACAAACUACCUUUCAUGCAAACAUUUCAAAUAGUGUUUUAAACUGCAACUGCACAAUAAACAAUAAUUUGAAACUUUCCUCAUUUCUAGAACUCAACUAGGCAAUUUUAUUUAUUUCUUUGUUUUUAUGCUUACUUUUUUGGCCAUUUGUUCCCUCCUCUAAAGUUCACGGCAACAUAAACAUGCAAAUGUUGGGACCUUACAGUGACCUCCUUUCAAAGUGCCCUUGCAUAAAAUAUAUAUUGACAUUAGAAGAUAGAUUUAAAAAAAAAAUAAAUGUUUGAAAGUAAAACUCACUGCAAUUGUAAAAGAAAAGAAGUUUUUUUUACAGAAAUUUACACUUAAUAUAAAAAGAUAAGUAGGAACAGAAUGUUAAUCUACGGCAAUGAAACCGUAAAUAUUAACAAAUGAUUCUUAUGUAAAGCACCAUUAUUUUGUUUCUCUAAGAACAAGUUUUUAAUACCACAUUUAUUACAAAAAUUGCAAAUUUCUAGGUUAUCAAGGUAUUUAAAUUUUAUAUCAAGAAUACGGCUCUUUUAGGUGCAAUAUUAAUCACAUAAUUCUCAUGGAUUCUGUUUUUUUUUUCCAUUCAUCACUUCUUGCAAUGCAUUAAGGUUUGCAACAUUUUUUGCUAGCAUGAUUUUCAGUUGUCCAAAGGGCAAUGUAACUUUAAAAAUGUAUGUGAUAGUUUAAUGGUUACUAUGUUUUUGAAAUGUGAUUCAUGAAGUUAAUGUUAAAUGAUGA